AAAAAAUCUAAAUCAUAGUUUUAGAUGAAUUCAGAUAUAUUAUAUAAUCCAUAAUAGUCCACUGGCUAUUAUUUUCCAUAAGUUUCAAUUUAUCAAUAGCAAUUUAUCCCAUUAAGUAACUAAUGUUUAAAUAGAUUUAAGUGAUAAUGUAAUAGGAGAAUGUACCGAUGUAUUUUCCAUCAUUAAAUUAUAAUUGGAGAGCAUAGCCUAUGAAUGUCAACACGAAUUGCUAAUAAAAUUUGCCUGAAAUUUAUAAAACAGACCAAAAUAAUCAUCAAACUUUAGUAGAGUUAGGAUUUUAAGAAAAAUCCGCAUCAACAGAAUAAGAUUCAUAAGGACGAGGUAAUGGUAAGUAUUUCAUAUAUAUUCAGGCCACUGGACAAGCUAAGAACAUUUAUAAUAUCUCAACUUUGUAAAGAGUUAUGAGUCUCUCUUAAAAUCGAAGUAUGAAAAAAAAUCAAAAAAAAUAUUCAAACUCAUGAGUGAAUUCAUACCCACAAGAACUUCCACUUAAUGUAGAUCACACCAUUAAAAGUUUAAUCCUUUAAUAAAGGGGAAAAAGAAAUUUAAAUCAUCCUUUGGAUAUACUCCAUACAAUUGAUAAUUCACCCUG